AUGGCCGCGGCGGUGUCCGUGUUCCCCGGCGUGCGGCUCCUCACCAUCGGGGACGCCAACGGCGAGAUCCAGCGGCACCAGGAGCAGCAGGCGCUGCGGCUCGAGGCGCGCACGGGGCCCGACAGCGCCGGCCUGGCGCUCUACAGCCAUGAAGACGUGUGCGUAUUUAAGUGUUCUGUGUCCAGGGAGACGGAAUGCAGCCGAGUCGGCAAACAGUCCUUCAUCAUCACGCUGGGGUGUAAUAGUGUCCUUAUGCAGUUCGCAACGCCGACCGAUUUCUGUUCCUUUUAUAAUAUCCUGAAAAACUGCCGGGGUCACAACAUAGAGCGGUCAGUGUUCAGCGAGCGGACGGAGGAGUCUUCUGCAGUGCAGUACUUCCAGUUCUACGGCUACCUGUCCCAGCAACAGAACAUGAUGCAGGACUACGUCCGGACGGGCACGUACCAGCGGGCCAUCCUGCAGAACCACAGCGACUUCAAAGACAAGAUCGUUCUAGACGUCGGCUGCGGCUCCGGCAUCCUCUCGUUCUUCGCCGCACAGGCUGGGGCAAGAAAAAUCUAUGCAGUGGAAGCCAGCACAAUGGCCCAGCAUGCGGAGGUUUUAGUGAAAAGCAACAACCUCACGGACCGGAUCGUGGUCAUCCCCGGCAAGGUGGAGGAAAUCUCGCUUCCCGAACAGGUGGACAUAAUUAUCUCGGAGCCAAUGGGGUAUAUGCUCUUCAACGAACGCAUGCUGGAAAGCUAUCUGCAUGCCAAGAAGUACUUAAAGCCCAGUGGUAACAUGUUCCCCACGAUCGGCGACGUGCACCUGGCCCCGUUCACAGACGAGCAGCUCUACAUGGAGCAGUUUACAAAGGCCAAUUUCUGGUAUCAGCCGUCCUUUCACGGUGUGGACUUGUCAGCACUUAGAGGAGCCGCGGUAGAUGAGUAUUUUAGACAGCCUGUUGUGGACACCUUUGAUAUCCGGAUUUUAAUGGCGAAGUCUGUUAAAUAUACGGUCAACUUCUUAGAAGCCAAAGAAGGCGAUUUGCACAGGAUAGAAAUCCCCUUCAAGUUCCACAUGUUGCAUUCAGGUCUAGUCCACGGCUUGGCUUUCUGGUUUGAUGUAGCCUUCAUUGGUUCAAUGAUGACCGUGUGGCUCUCGACGGCCCCCACCGAGCCGCUGACCCACUGGUACCAGGUCCGGUGUCUGUUUCAGUCUCCGCUUUUCGCCAAAGCCGGGGACACGCUCUCAGGGACGUGCCUGCUCAUCGCCAACAAGAGACAAAGCUACGACAUCAGUAUUGUCGCCCAGGUGGAUCAGACGGGUUCCAAGUCCAGCAACCUCCUCGACUUGAAAAACCCCUUCUUCAGGUACACGGGCUCGACUCCUUCCCCCCCGCCGGGCUCCCACUACACGUCUCCGUCAGAGAACAUGUGGAACACGGGCGGCGCCUACAACAUGAGCACGGGGAUGGGCGUGGCCGGGAUGCCCACCGCCUACGACCUCAGCAGUGUUAUUACCGGCGGCUCCAACGUCGGCCACAACAACUUGAUUCCUCUAGCGGCCAGCGCGGGGAUUGUCAAUCACACGCACUCCAGGAUGGGCUCCAUCAUGAGCACCGGCAUCGUCCCAGGCUCCUCCGGCAGCCAGAGCGGAGGCGGUUCGAGCGCUCACUACCCAGUCAACAGCCAGUUCACCAUGGGGGGCCCUGCUAUCUCCAUGGCCUCCCCCAUGUCCAUCACCACCAACACAAUGCAUUACGGGAGCUAAAACAUCUUUGCCCCGUCUCUGAACUGACAGCGCCAGGAAACCAAAUGAAGACGCCCCCUCCCCCUCUCUCCCCGCGUGCCGGCUCGCUGGGGCCGUUUUUACCGGCCCACGAGCCCAACCCGCCCCUCGGCUCCUCUGCUCUUUGAUAUCGGACUUGGACAGUUUUUUAUGAAAUGUCGAACCUCAGAUUCUCCGCCCGUGUCGCGCCCCCAGUGCUAGCUGCCCCCUGCCACCUGAUCAUGUAGCAAGUCCUUUUAAUUCACCAUCUUCCAUAAUCGCCGGGGCUGGGCCGGUCAGCAGCCCCGGCUCCUGGCCGGGUGUUUUGCAGAGAUGGCCUUGUGCAGCCCCCCCGAUUCCUCCCUAGCCGCAGCUCUGGGGCUUUCAGGCCUGGUACCCUGGCCUUGCCUCACUCCCUGCUGGUGCGGGGCGGCUGGGCUGGGCAGUUGUCACCAGGCAGCCAGAGGCGAGGCUGGUGGAGGAGCCCACUGGAGCUCCUGCCCCCAGCAAACCUUGGGGGGAGGGUUUUUUAUCACCCCAGCCCUUGUCUCUGCUGAUGCCCGAGGCGGGGGCCUGGCUGCUCAUCAAGGCAGCUGUGACCAGCAGGCCUGGUACAUGCCUCGUGGGAAAUGCCGGGGUGGCAGGAGAGCGUUCAACACACCUUGAAUGUCCCCAAACCCGGGCUGCCGGAUCCCUAACUCCCUCGUGUCCCGGGGAGCGGCAAUGCCAGCAUCUGCUGCCAGCUCCACGGCCCCUCUGAGCAGCUGGCUGGAGCCCGCUGGGUCACCCUGCCCCCUCCCCUUGGCAGAGCAGAGUCAACCUUGCCCACGUCCCUGGCGCUAGCUGCCGGGGCCUGGAGCUGUGGUCUCUGUGGAAGCCCCUGUAGCCCCUCUAGGACAGUGCAGUCCGGUAGUGUAACCGCCACCCAGGUAGAGCGCGGAUUGGUUUUCGUUUUGUUUCCUUUCCAAGAGCCCCCGUGGUGAUUUUUCGAAAGGAUUUUGCAGGGACCCCUCUGGAGAAAAUGAAAUAAAGGAAUUAUGUGUUU